GUUUAGUAUCACCAGAUAAAGGAUCUUCAGUUCUAUGAUAACCCUGCCCGCUGACAAAAAAAACCAGACAAAAGAGAUUAAUUUAGGGUGGCCCCUCCUAACUAUAAAAGAAACGAGAGAGAUUGGAGAGAAAGAGAAGCAGGAAGGCGGCGGAGACGGAUGUGGUAAUUUGGGAGGACAACGGAACCAAAUCUGAUUUUCGAAUAGCAGCAUAGCAUCCGAAGACGUUUGCUCGCUGCAGAGAAACAGCAAACAACCAGAAGCCGGAUCAAGACUGUCUUUUGCAAAAGCUCCACUCCAGCAUGGCCUCGGGGAAUGGCAGUGACCCACCAGACAGGACAGGAAGGCGCAGACCAUCACGGGAACUUGCAUCAGAAGACCAGGUGGCUCAGCAGACAGAGGAGGUGUUUCAGAGUUAUGCUUUCCACCGGUACCGGCAGGAGCAGGAGCAGAAUGGGGUGGAUAUGCCAGUGGAUCCUGAAAUGAUUGAGAUCCAGCCAGAGCCGGGCAGCACCAGCAACCAAGUGGGCAGACGCCUGGCCAUCAUUGGCGACGACAUCAACGAAAAGUAUGACAAGGAGUUCUGUGAGAUGCUGAAGUCCCUGCAGCCAACAUAUGACAAUGCCUACGAGUAUUUCACCAGAAUAGCCUCUAGCUUGUUUGACAGUGGCAUCAACUGGGGCCGUGUGAUAGCACUCCUGGGCUUUGGCUACCGGAUGGCCCUCCACGUAUACCAGCACGGGAUGACUGGCUUCCUGCGGAGAAUUGCCCGCUUCAUCACAGAAUUUAUGCUUCGCAACCGCAUUGCCCGGUGGAUUGCUCAGCAAGGAGGAUGGGUGGCAGCACUGGACUUAAGCAAUGUUUACUGGAAAUAUGUGAUAACUGUGGCAGCAGUGAUUCUGCUGGGCCAGUUCGCGGUGCGACGAUUCUUCAACCAAUGACAAGGAAGGAAAGUGCUGGUGGCCACAUUCAUACCCGCCACUGACAUGCUGCUCUGUGGUGAUGCUUUCAAAGAAAGGAGGAUUCAAGAACCAACCAAAGGAAUCAAGAUGCUUCUUCUUUCAAUAUGCUACAAGUUUCUUUCUUAGCCAUCCACAAUGAGAAUCCGAAACAGAGAAUCUACAGUGUUGUACUAAAAGGAAGGGUGGACCCGAGUGUGGGGCAGGAUUUAUUACUUCAAGAGACUACAAUGCCAGUGGAUGCUUGCUGAGAAAUACUAAAGCUGUGGAAUUCAUGAUGUUGUGUGAAAGAAAAGGGAUGCAGUUUCCCCCAUGAAGUCUCUUAAGAAGGACAAAUCCUCUUCCAAGACAAUCUCAGGGCCAUUUCCAAUAUAAUCUUUUCCAGUUUUGCCCCCAUGGGAAGCAGAAGCAAGAGCAGUGUGAAGCAUCAUGGUUGCUUACUACAUGUAUAUUUGCUUCGAUCACUUUUCACCACCUCCAUGAGCCUUUCAAGUGUUGAAAUAAUCAUGUGGCAUUCAUCUGAUUGGGAGAUCGUAAAGGUUUAUCCCUAGAUUUACCUGAGGGCUGUCUGCAUGAUUAGCACAUUCUUAAGAUCUGUGGAUGUAAAUCCAGAUAUAUUGCAUAAGGGAAACAAGAUCAUGUCCACAAUAUUUCAUCAGAUAUGGGCCUCGGGGUCUUUCCUUCAUCCUCCUGAAUAUUUCAGGGUUGCUUCCUAGACCAGGCACAGAGCUCAGCGUUCGUUGGUCACUGGCUUUUUCUCAUCUCCUCAUUUGCUUUUAACUACUUUGCAAAUGAUCUUUGUCAAUGGAGAGAGAGCCAGCCAUUGCUAGAGUAUCCGAAUAGGGCCUUGCUUCUGUUCCAUUCCAAUUCAGAGGAUACCAUCCUGUUCCCUGCACAUUAGUAAUAUUGCCUGUUCUCUUUUAAGUUGAACAGCAGUAUGUGUGUGCUGGGGGCAGGAGUUAUUUUAGGAAGUGGGGGAGGGUAAGUUGAGAUUUUGUUUUCAAAUUUGUUUGCCCCUUUUGAUAAUCACUAGCCAAAAGCUAGAUUUGCCUUAUGUAAACGCUGGACAAAAAGUGAUUGCCUGCUAACACAUUAACCGGGGCCUCUAUUUUCCAUAAUUAAUUCUUAAUUAUGGAAGCAAUCUAGUCGAGUUAAGCAGAUCAAAAAUUAAAAUCCUAUAUUCACAGAGAGUAUGGCCUUAUUCAGACAUUGUGUGGUACAUUUGAUGCAGGGGCUGAGCAUGUCCUUACCACACCCAUUGAAAUCGAUUCAAUAUGUGCCUAACUUCGGUUCGAUUGUGCCAAACUGGAACUUUGCUCUGCUUUUGCAUCAAGCAUUUCAUUGGAAAUACAGCAGUAAGGAUUGGCAAGCAUGGAGAGCAGGAGUUUCUAAGAACUUCUGGGGUUUUUUUGAAGUCCCUUUGCCUUUAAAAACAAAACAAAACACCAACCUAUCAGUUUUCCAAAUUAUUUCCCUCAUUCCCACUUUUUUGUAGUAUUUUCUUGCCACUGGUUUUCACUUGGUUAAAAUCUGAGAUAAAGCUACAAUUGACUUCAGUGAAGACAGAAUUUCCAGUACACAAAUGUGGGUUUGCUUGUGCACACUGCGCACAUGCACUCAUACUCUUGCAAGAGGUUCUGUUUUCUUGCUUUACAAAGCCAUAAAGAUGUGAGUAGUUAGACCUUUAUAGCUCUUUCAUUCUCUCUUACUGUUACUAAAAGCUCUUAAAAAGUCUAUGCUUGAACUUGUUUACUCCUAAAAGGUCACUCCAUCUGCAUUUCAUCUGAACGUGAAUGCCCGCAAUAGCUUUGUUUUGUUUAAAUGUUCAAUAGGAACAUAGGAAGCUGCCAUAUACCGAGUCAGACCAUAGGUCCAUCUAGCUCACUAUUGUCUACACAGACUGGCAGCAGCUUCUCCAAGGUGGCAGGCAGGAGUCUCUCUCAGCCCUCUCUUGGAGGUGCCCGGGAGGAAACUUGAAACCUUCUCCAUGCAAGCAUGCAGAUGCUCUUCCCAAAGCAGCCCCAUCCCCCAAGGAGAAUAUCUUAUGGUGUUCACAUGUGGUCUCCCAUUCAAAUGCAACUAGAGUGGACCCUGCUUAGCAAAGGGGACAAUUCACAAGACCAGCUCUCCUCUUUUUAACUAGGUGAGCAAUAACUGAACUUAUGUGAGCUCUAUUCAAACAUUCCACUGUCUUUGUGUGAACAAAUAACUGCAUACGUUCAUUUUCAAAGUGAACCUGGGUAUGUUGUCCCCCCCCACACACACACACACUGCAGGAUAGGAAGUGUACUACAUACAUGCAUUGAACAUAAUAUGUGAAUAACUGUAUGUGCACAGAGAUCUGUACUUGCAUACACUGUACACAGAUUAUACAUGUGUUGUGAAUAGGGGCUAUGAUCUAAACAUAAUAUUCAUAGUUAUGCAUUUUCUUCUGACUUCCUGUAUUUCAGCCCAUCCUAUGCAAGUUUACUUGGAAGAAGGUCCCAUUUUGUUUCAGUAGAACAUGCUGGCAGUGCCUUAAACAUAAAGUUACUUCUCUUUUAGAAGUUGAGAGUAAAGCCAUUUCCAGAAAGCCUUUCAAAUGCAUUCCUUCUAAAGCUCUGUAGAAUUAAAAUGGACUCUGUGCCUCGUUUAGUCGCUAUACAGAUGAAUGUGUAUUGGCCCAUUAGCUGAGUACUGUCUCCAGUGACUGGCUGCAGCUCUCCAGAGUUUCCAAAAUGUCUCACCUAGCCCUACCUGGAGAUGCCAGGGAUUGAACCUGGCUCCUACGGGCAUGCAAGGUGCCAUUGAGCUAUGGCCUGAUUACACCUCAGCCAAAGAGGGGCUAGUUCAUACCUACAGUAUAUCUGACAGGUGCCUUCCAUCACCACCUUGGAAAACACAUCAAAGAGUCUUCUUUGGUUGUGGUAAUUCCAGUCUGAAAAUAACGGACUGCAUAAAGACUUGCACUUGUCUGAAGCUUGUCCUAUUCAGUAGGCCUCUCUCUAUGGGCAAAGCCAGCUGCCAACAUGCAGUUUGCCCAUAUGCUUUAGGCAGCCUGUAACAAGAGAGACCCCAAAAUGUUGGAGAAGGCAAGUUAUCUUUCUCCUGGUGCUGGGAUCUGACUGGGAACUUUCCUUAAAGGCCUGCCUGUUGCUGACAUAUGGUGUGGAGCUUCCCUCAUGGCUUAGGAACAUAGGAAGCUGCCAUAUACUGAAUCAGACCAUAGGUCCAUCUAGCUCAGUAUUGUCUAGUACAGUAUGCAAACUGGCAGUGGCUUCUCCCAGGUUGCAGGCAGGAAUCUCUCUCAGUCAUAUCUUGGUGAUGCAGGAGAGGGAACUUGGAACCUAGAUGCUCUUCCUAGAGCAGCUCCGUCCCCUAAGGGGAGUAUCUUACAGUGCUCACACAUCAAGUCUCCCAUUCAUAUGCAACCUUGACAGACCCUGCUUAGCUAAGGGGACAAGUCAUGCCUGCUACCACAAGACCAGCUCUCCUCUCCUGGCUUCUUUUAGCUUUCCUGGUGCUAGGAAUUUCCCCUUAAGAACUCUUUCUUUCUCUCAGUCCUCCUGAUAUUGGAAGAGAAAGUCAGUUUGUCUUCCUCCUCUCUCUUUCAUUACCUCCCCUCACCGUGGCACUUGCAUUUUACCUCAGAAAUCUCAGGUGUGCUCAAAGGGAAGCUAUUGCUCGUGCUCAGAACAGAGUACAAGCAGUCACCAAAACACUGCAAGGAGGCCUCUAGCGGAGCCUACUUCUACGUUCCUAGGUGCUGUUUAGCCUUUGUGCCCUAGUCAUUUCCUGGGACAUUCUGGGGUGAAAACUCAGGUUGCUUGCCACUGCCGCAUCCAUUGCUAGAAUUCUGGUACUCUGUGUGGUGCUCUUCUGCUGAGCAGCGGUAGUUUCCCCCCACAACUACAAUUGUGUUGCCAUAGUCGAAAGUAUGUGUAGGCCAUGAUGUCGCCAUACAAUUGUAUUGCUUGGAGAAUUAGUUAAGGCUGUGAUAAUGAGGCUCAGAAAUGUACAGAUAAUGCAGAGUAAUAUCUCAGAAGCCAGGAAGCAGCCUGAACAUCACUUCCGGAUGCCAUCCUGCAUAACUCUUUGCCCUUCCCAUUGGCUUGCAGGCUCAGAUAAACUCUGCAGAAUGUGAAUCUGCAUAAUCAACACUGCUUUCAGCAGUUGAGUUGCCUUGGUACAGAAGAUGGUCUGGUGUCCACCCUCUCUUCUCCCCUGCAAAUGGUGAUAAGAGAGUGGGAGCUUAUUAAUACCACUAUUAGCCGAGAACAGGUGGAGCGGCCCAACUGGUAGCCAUGAGCGGGGUGGAAUCUGCCAUAUUAGGACAGCCCCACUACAUUUUGCCAUAGAGUCUGGUGCUGCUUGUCUCUUUCCUAAUCCUGGCUGUGGAAGUGUGGAUGUUUGGGGCCCAUUGCUCAUCCAGUUUGUCCGAUAGGUUUUCUAACUUUUUCCCUCUAAGGGAUCCCUUUAUGUGCUAUCUGCCAUGGAAUAUAUAUCUGCCAUGGUAUCCUUUUGGGUUGCAGAGAGUUCUGGAGCAUAUUUGAGGGCAGUGACACAGUCCACACAAGGCACUGGCCUGUGACCCCCACACCCACUGAGAGUGUGUCUCACAACACUCCUUGUGGCAAGCUGUCUUUCAGGGAAGUAUGUCUCUCAGUAUUGAUCUUCUCAUUGAAGAGCUUCUGAUAAGGUUCCAGAGUCUCAGGCACAGUCUGAAAGCCAUUGCUGUAGCGGUCUUCUAGUUAUUGUGGUACUAUUAUCUGGAGGAGAGGUGGAACCACUACAGAAACCCCCUCCUACUAUGGGGGUGCUUCCUCCACGAACUACCUUAAACUCAUUACGGGUUGUUUUGUUCUCCAGAAGGACCUGGCGGAGAACUCUCAAGGAGGUUUAAGAAAGGAGGUGAAAGCUUCUGUAUUUGAAUAGAAAGAUAUUCCUGUUGCCCAGUAGCUUUAUAGGUAUAUGUUCAGUAGACGACUAAGGUGUUUAAGUGGCGAAGCAAACCUAGGAGGCAGGUUAAUCCAGAGGCCAACUGAUCUACCAUUUGCCAGGCCUGAAUGGCAGUGACCAAAAUGUUCCUGAAGGUACAAAGCAGCUACAUUUUCUGGAGGACAACACCUUGACAUAACAUGUAGCAACAAGUUCCUUAGGAUGCACAAGGAUUUAUCGAAAGAAUGACUUUUCAACAAAUUGCUUCUCUUUGGAGAAGCGUAUUGCUUGAGCACAGGCCUCUAGUUUUAAAGUACAAAGAACACACAGCUUCAAGUACAGACAGAGCCUGAUCCUUGCCAACGUUGGUUUGAGGAAUUCCGUUUAUCCCUUUUAAGAUGUGAUGUGAAAAGCAAAAAUGAAAAAUCUAGUUGUUGGGGUCUGGUCAGUAACAUUUGAGUUUCCCCCAGGAAAUUAAUUUCCCUUCCACCUACCCCACGUUACAAACAUUGUCACUCUAGUUGAGCUCACCCCAAUCCAGCCACUUCCUUAAAGGAUUCUUUAAAUCUUCCCAUCUGAGCCAUAAGAGUGGUGUAGUAGUUAGAGUGCUGGACUAGGAUCGGGGAGACCCAAGUUCAAAUCCCCAUUCAGCCAUGAUAAUUGCUGGGUGACUCUGGGCCAAUCACUUCUCUCUCAGCCUAACCUACUUCGCAGGGUUGUUGUGAGGAGAAACUCAAGUAUGUAGUACACUGUUCUGGGCUCCUUGGAGGAAGAGCAGGAUAUAAAAUGUAAAUAAUAAUAAUAAACACUCCUACUCAUGGUAGGUCUGAAUGCAGAGUAGUAGUGCUUUUCCAAAAGAGACUUAGAGAUUGAAACUACUUGAGUCACUGGGCAAGUCUUUUGAGAUGAGGAUUUUGUUUUUACGUGCAUACAUGCAUACUUGAAGCCAUAAUGUAAGGCUAUAUUGCAUUCCCUUGCUUUGUAUUGUAUUUAAACGACUGCUUCUUUCCAGAUGUCAUGCCCAGCUUUAACAACCUCCCUGCCCUCAGAGAUUCAAAAGGAAUGAAUGCUUAGAAACCCCACCCCCAAUAUAAUCUACAGGGCAGGCAACAUCUUUUUCAGGACCUGAUGUGCCUAACUCCAAGGCAACUGUUGGAAAUGUGACUCUCCAGGGAAAGAGAGAACCCCUUUCAAGGGCAUUUCUCAAAUGGAGAAAAGGGCAACAGUCUCCAAGCCACUCGGUGUCACUGGAAUCCCCAUGGCUGGAGAACUGCUUCUGGAAUGAUGAUCUGCUAGGGAGAAAGGGACUGCUACUCCACCUUCUAUUUAUCACUGGUUCAGAAUUUGAUACGAUCCUCUAUGAUCCUUAAUAUAAGAGGCUUAUCGAGCAGUGAUUUCUCUUCUGCUCUCAAAAACCAGGGGCAAGGGGCCUUUCUGUUGGACUUGGGUGAAUAAUAUUUCACCCUGUGUACAUUAAAUCAAGCAAAUAAAAAGAAUGUCCCAUUCUACCUCCAUUAAAGAAGGAACUGGGGAGACUAUAGUGUGGUGCUACCACCCCUUGAGAUGCAGGGAACAAGCCUCUUUGCUCACUUGGGAUGUAACUAACUAAACAAGCAUUCAUUGCACAACAUCUCCAUGGGGAAUGCACUAGAUUGUUUUACUGGACAGUGGCAUCUUUUAUGUACUUUAUUUAAAAAAAAUGAGUUGGAUAAUGCUCUAUCACACUGUUGGCACUAAAUGUUAAAUAGCCAUUGCUGUUAAUAUAUAUUGCAAAAUUAAAAGUUAUGUGCAAA